UUUAUCUGAUGCGCUGAAAAGGUCGCCGCGACACGGAAACGUCGCCCCAGCCCGUUAGCCUCCCCGACCGCCUCGUAGCCUCGCUCCGCUAGCCCCAGUGUGCCUCGUCGUCGUCAACAACCCCUGCGUCUUCCCCGGACGGUUUCUCUAAAGGCUCCAUCGCGAUUCCGCCGCCCCUGGAUUUCCCCCGUCGGUGAGCUUGGGGAUUCGAGCCGUUGGCGGUGACACGACAUUAAAGCGCUUAAAGUCGAUGUAGCUAACUUCCUGCUAAGGACGGCCUAGCAAGGCGAGCUGUGCGUUUUUUUUUCCUCCUCUUUGAGUUGUAGCUGUGUUCCUGCGCCGUGCUCGAUGUCUUCUCGGUGUCAGAGGUUGUUAUUAAAGGAGUUGAAUGACUUACAGAGAGAUCCUCCGGCUUCGUGCUCAGCUGGGCCUGUAGGAGAGGACAUGUUUCACUGGCAAGCCACCAUCACAGGACCGAAUGACAGCCCAUAUCAUGGAGGAGUGUUCUUCCUCUCUGUCCAUUUCCCCACUGACUAUCCCUUUAAACCACCAAAGAUUUCCUUUACAACGAAAAUCUAUCACCCUAACAUAAACAGCAAUGGUAGCAUCUGCCUUGACAUCCUGAGGUCCCAGUGGUCACCUGCGCUGACAGUGUCAAAAGUUUUACUAUCCAUAUGCUCUUUGCUAUGUGACCCAAAUCCAGAUGAUCCAUUAGUCCCUGACAUUGCACACACCUACAAAUCGGACAGACCAAGGUACAACAAACUAGCCAGGGAAUGGACCCAUAAGUAUGCAAUGUGAAGGAACGUAUCUCUGCAACAUUGAAGCAUCCCAGAACACCUCGUAACAUGACAGUACUGUUCGAAAUGCUCAUCCACACUGGUUCUAGCUGAGGUGUUUUAUACGCUUGAAGCACUUUCUCUACUCAGAUUUUACUUGACUCAACUGUUUUUACUGUUUAUUUUUCCCCUUAAAUUGGCAUUAUUAUUAUUAGCAGUGGUGAGAUACCCGGAUUGUAUUUUUCUUUUAAAAUAUUUACUGUAUAUUGUACAAACCUGUACUGAAUUUAUUUUGCAUUGUUUUGCAUUAAAAGCAUUAAUCGAAAUUGGA